AUGGGCAUCUGUUCUUCAUGCCUAGGCGGCAAUCGCCGUGAUUCUUUAGAGCCUGAAUCUUCGCGACUGCUCGACGAGGAUCCUUAUCAGACAAGCUACAACUACGGGUCACUUCAUGCCCAACAGACCACCCAGCCGGAUCCGGAAUCCGUGCGACGAGAGCGAGAAGCUCUCGAUGCCAUCUGCCAGCGUACUUCAGACUCCGUCAUUGAUAUCUGGUCACUCCAACCACAACCACACCUCCAACCCCAAGCCACGCUUCCCGCGCCAGUAUCAACACCCAAUUCUCCCACGCCGUCCCGGGAUCAAAAAAGCGUGACGGUGGUUACGGUCGACAGAGACCCCAGUCGUCCUUCUUCCGGCAAUACAGCUCCCAAGCACUGGGGCGAGGUCGUGGUGAACACGAACAAGAAGCGCUCCCGCCAGAACCUCAAAGAGAAUGGCGAUGGGGCCCGUGACGUCUUUGGUGUGCUCAAGGUCACCUGA